GAGGAAGUCACCUCUGAGCGAAACUGCUGAGCCAGAGCCAGAAGAGCGGCUCUGAGAGGCAGCAGCUGGGUCCCCGGGGAGAUGCUGCUUCCGUGGCUCCUGUGGCUUGUGCUCCUCUGCCCGGGGGGCGGCGGCGUGGCAGCCUUUCAAGGGCCCACCUCUUACCACGUCAUCCAGAUCUCGUCCUUUGCCAACAGCAGCUGGGCGCAGAACCAAGGCUCAGGAUGGCUGGGUGACUUACAGCUCCAAAGCUGGGACAGCGACGCGGGCAGGGCGGUUUUCCUGAAGCCCUGGUCCAAAGGCAACUUCAGUGAGGAGGAGGUGACCGGGCUGGAGGAGGUGUUCCAGGUCUACCUCAACGGGUUCAUCCUGGAGGUACAGGACCAUGCCCAUGAUUUCCAGAUGGAAUAUCCCUUUGAGAUCCAGGGGAUAGCAGGCUGUAGUCUGCAUUCCGGUGGGGGCACGGUGAGCUUCCUGCGGGGAGCGUUAGGAGGAGUGGACUUUCUGAGCCUCAAGAAUCACUCCUGUGUGCCCGCCCCGGAGGGUGGAAGCCGGGCACAGCGCAUCUGCGCGCUCAUCCAUCAGUACGCGGGCAUCCGGGACAUCGCGGCGAAGCUCCUCUUUGAAACCUGCCCUCAGUAUCUCCUGGGUGUCCUCGAUGUGGGGAAGGCAGAACUGCAGAGACAAGUGAAGCCCGAGGCCUGGCUGUCCAGUGGCCCCAGUCCCGGUCCUGGCCGUCUGCUUCUUGUGUGCCAUGUGUCCGGCUUCUACCCAAAGCCAGUGUGGGUGACGUGGAUGCGGGGUGAGCAGGAGCAGCCGGGCACCCGGCGCGGUGACGUCCUGCCCCACGCUGACGAGACGUGGUAUCUUCGGGUGACCCUGGACGUGGUGGCCGGGGAGGCGGCCGGCCUGUCUUGCCGAGUGAGACACAGCAGUCUAGGAGGCCGGGACAUGGUCCUCCACUGGGGAAACCCCGUCUCCAUCGGCUUGAUAUCUUUGGCGAUAAUAGUGCCCUUGUUCAUCCUUUUGACAGUUCCUACAUUGUGGUUUUUGAGGCGCCGGUCGUAUCAGAGUAUCUAAUGGACUCCUCUUCCAUUUGGAAUAAACGCUCAGAAGCCCAGAAGCUCAAGUUGCCAGGCUGGGAGAUGAUCGCGUCAUAUUUCAUCAAAUAAUCCUCUUGGUUGGUCACAUCAGAGUUCCCGUAGGAUGCGAGAUAAAUCACUAUUCAUAACUGGCAGACAAAUAAUAGAAAACCACAAAUUUAUU